AUGGAAAAGAAAAUAAACACAAUGCAAGGUAAAGUUAUUGAGCUACCAUAUGUAAAUAGUAAUUUUUCAUACCUAGUACUUCUGCCGAAAUUAAAAGAUGAGCUAAAUGAGGUAUUAGAGCAAAUAAGAAACAAAACCAAUUCAGUAUUGCAGGAUGCAAUUAGUAAGUUGGAAUUAAAAAGGGUAAAUAUUUCUUUGCCUACUAUAGAUACUACUACAACAACAGAUUUAAAAGAUAUUCUUCAAAAGGUAAAUAUCUCGGCGAUUUUUGAUCCAAGCACUGCAAACCAAAACGGUAUAAGUCAUGACCCAACAGUAAAUUCUUCUGUCAUUUCUGCGUUACAAAAAGCUGCUGUGAUGGUCAAUGAAUCUGGAUCAGAGGCUGCUGCAAGAAAUGGU